AUCAUGUGAGAUCUGUGGUGAGACUGCAAAGAACAUUGUAGUUGCUGGAGAUGCAGGCUUUAUGGAAGAAUGGAAUGAGAGAGAUGUAGGCGACUAUUCUUCUGGUGAAACGCCACGAUGUUGGAGGGGUCGGCCUUUAUGUAAAUUCUUGAUGGCAUGCAUGGUGGUUGCUUUCAUACUUCCAUGGUUCUUUCGUGUCUCUAUGUUCUAGGGGCACAUCAACUGUUCUCUGCACCAGCUACCAAGGGAAUUUUCUGUACUUGCCCAGCAAUAGAGUCUUAUUUUGUUCAGUAAAUGAAAUAUUGAGGGUAGCUGCUUUUAGGAGAAAAUUGUGACGGGUGUAAAGCAUGAGAUAUCUAUAUGUAAUAUUUAUAUUGUAUUUCUGAAUUUGAAUUAUGAUACAAAGAUUGAUUGUAAAGAAAAACCUUCUAGUCAUAGGGUCAAAAUUCAUGUACUGAAGAGGCAAUGAAUGAAUUGAUUAUUAGACGUUAGGCACAUUUUGCGGGCUUUCAGAUUUGUAACAUGAUGUCACAUGUAGCACUUAGAAGACAUUGCAAAUAUCUUGUGCUUAAAUGUGAAAUGUGUGUUGUGAAAUACUUAGAGCGAUAUACCAAUGGUUUAUAUUUUGAAGA